UUGAUCAGGUCCGCCUCCUGUCAGCGCUGCUCCAGCAGCAGAUGCCGGCUGCUCUCUCGCCGAGUGCGCGGGUUCCCUUUGACUCAUUAGCCCACAUUCACUGCAGCCGUGGAAGAGAUGACAUAGCGCCAUAAGGCGUAAUCCCCCUGUCUGAUGACAUUUUGGAUACACAUCUCUGAUUCUGGAGCCAGACGUGGGCUAUGAAUUUUUCUGGGGAGCCAAAUUAAUUGGUGACAGGCUGUGCCUGCUUAGCAUACUCGCAGCAGUAGUUCUCUGUGAGCUUCACAACAUGUAUAAGUUAUGCAUGUUCGUCGUAGUGUGCUGUGCGUUUUGCGCGCGGGGCUUUGCGGCGCCGAAGACCAUGGGUGCAGAUCCCAGGUCACACCUUGAGAGCAAUGCGGAGCAAAAUGACAGGCUGCAGGAGGAGAUAGAUGGUCAAGAGAGCAUCCUCUCCAAGCUGCUGGGUGAUUAUGACAAAGUGAAAGCCCUCUCGGAAGGCUCUGACUGUCGGUGUAAAUGUGUUGUCAGACCCCUGAGCAGGAGCGCCUGUCGGCGGAUAGAAGAAGGGAUCGCCACUUUGCAGGACUUCUACACUGUGGAGACUAUCACAUCUGGGCCAGAGUGCAAGUGCGCCUGCAUCGCUCCGCCGUCAGCGGUCAACCCAUGCGAGGGAGAGUUCAGGCUGAAGCAACUUAGGGAAGCUGGAAAAGAAAAUGUCAAGCUGUCCACCAUCCUUGAGCUGCUGGAGGGCUCAUUCUACGGCUUGGAUCUACUGAAGCUGCACUCCAUCACCUCUAAGCUCCUGGAUCGUGUGGAACACAUCGAAAAGGCGGUGUCUCUGAACAACACCACGAAUGAGGUGAAGCCCCAGGAGAGCCCUCCGAUUCCGGCCAAUGUGACUGAAAGCCCAUCCACCAGUCCUCCCCACCGGCAUCAGGACAAGCAGAGAGUCAGUGAGACCAGCGGGACAGCAGCAUAUCAGAACCCAGAGGGAAAGUAUGAGGGGAAGUUUACUGGGGAAAAUUCGUCCCUACUGCAGACAGACAGUUCUGCUCAGAUCAUUGAGGUCAAACCUCAGGUGACUCCCAAAAACGUGGCUAACAAGGAGGCUCCUCAGGUGUCGAAGACUGGCCCCAAUGGCAUGAUCAUCAGAGGAAUGACCUUUUACAAAUCUGAGCCAGAUCCAAUGGUGGCAGAUGACGGGGAGCCUGGGGAGAAUUUUUUUGAGUAUCAUGGAUUCAGUGGUGAUAGCCCAAUCAACCUCUUCAUUGAGGAGAAUCUUCUUCAGCACAGAGUCCCUCGCCCCAGGACGAGGGCAGGACCAAGAUCAUUUCAACCAAAGACAACAGCUCCUUUGCACAGUUCCAAGAAGACCAGCCAAUCGACAAAACCGAAAGAAGCUGAGUCCACCUUAGAAACUCACAGUGAGUCCAAGAGUGCUACUGAAACCACAUCAGCUGAAGUGUCUACAGAUACACAGAGUGACACAUCAACAAGGAGAAGUGUCACGUUUGGACCGACCUCUACCACGCAAAAAACAAGGGCUGCAGACACUGCACCUCAGACUACUCAAAGAGUCACUGCUGGAAUCACUGAGUGGCCAGUCCUCUUGAAGAAUGAACCAGCCAGCACCUCCCCAAGCGUCACUUCCAAGGAAACAACCGAAACUACAAUGAACACAACCCGUCCCUCUGAAAUUACAGCCACAAAGGAAAUCCUCUCAGCCUUCACAGCAAAAAAAACACCGACCACCAUGAGGAAAACAACUACCCUGGAGCUGAAAGAGCAAAUGCAAACUAGACCUGGCAGCACUGUAGCUAAUCCAACCACACUUACACCAGAUCCAACCACAGAGGAUUCAACUAACAGCCCAACUUCCACUUUGCCCAUCACGACCCAUGCUGCCCUGACCUCAGCACCAGUACACACCACGGCAGCCUCCACAAAAGCUACCUCCGUACAGGCUACUACCGCAACGCCAGAAGAAGAAACUGAAUCCACCUUCUUUUCAGGUUCAACUUUUCCUCCCGCCACACAGAGACUGACUACUGUGCCUUCACACACUUCUUUGCCUUUCACCACACCUGUGACUACCUCUUCUACAGCCACCACCACUACCACUACCACUACCAGGCAGGCUGCUCAAGUCAAACGCAAAUACAAAAUCAGCUGGGAAGAAGAAAAGGGGGAGGAAGGACACCUGAAUUUAGAUGAGCCAAUGCAAAGACAGGAGGAAUUUACUUCAGAAAAACCAGGGGAGUGUAAGGACACUUUGGCAACAAUCGCCGAGCCUGUAACUCACAACACCUAUGGCAGGACUGAAGGAGCGUGGAUGAAGGAUCCAAAGUCUGAUAAUGACAAAAUUUAUGUCACAAACUUCUAUUAUGGGAACAACCUCCUGGAGUUUCGGAACCUGGAGGUUUUCAAACAAGGCCGUUUUACCAACUCCUACAAGCUUCCUUACAACUGGAUUGGCACAGGCCACGUGGUCUACGAUGGGGCUUUCUACUACAACCGUGCCUUCUCCCGUGACAUCAUCAAGUUUGACCUGCGUCAGCGUUAUGUGGCCUCCUGGACCAUGCUGCACGACGCCCUGUUCGAGGAGUCGUCAUCACCGUGGGAAUGGCGCAGUCACUCGGACAUUGACUUUGCCGUGGAUGAGAGCGGCCUGUGGAUCAUCUACCCAGCACUGGAUGACGAAGGCUUCUUACAGGAAGUGAUAGUACUGAGUCGACUGAACCCCUCAGACCUCAGCAUGCAGAGGGAGACCACCUGGAGAACUGGGCUCAGGAGAAACCACUAUGGGAACUGCUUCAUCGUAUGCGGGGUCCUUUACGCUGUCGACAGCAACAACCAAAGGGACGCCAACCUGGAAUACGCCUUCGACACGCACACAAACACUCAGAUGAUUCCCAGAAUGCCCUUCACCAACAACUACACCUACACGACACAGAUUGACUACAAUCCCAAAGAGGGUGUGUUGUAUGCGUGGGACAAUGGACACCAAGUCACAUACAACAUUAAGUUUGCCUAUGUAAACCCUUAGUAAGGGUCUGACAGUAGUUAUUUUAAAAGGUAAUUCUGUGGUUUGAAUGGAUUGUAGAUCAGUCCACAUGGCCUUCAGUAUGGAGACAAAUGGGGGCAAAAUGUACAUAUAUAUACUUCAGUUUAUUGUGAUUACAUUGCUUUGUUCUCAUCAGGAACGUUUUAAGUUUUACCUGAAAUACAUAAAAAAGUGAGCCUGAUUCCUCAGUCAACGCAUCAAAUUGUACUGUAUAUAUUUUAAUGCUGUAAAAGGGCCCUCUGAGAUAAAUGAAUGUAGAAAGGUUUCAGAAUGAGUCAAUGGCUUGGGUCAAAGAACUUCACAAAAAAUAAUUCAUUAACACUUCACCUAUGAACAAAUCCCCAACUUUUGCGGACAAAUUCAGUUUUUCUGUUUUAUACACAUUGUUUUAUAUUACAUUUUUCUUUGCAUCGUAUGCCACAGGUCAUUUGCCUUGUGAAAGCACUUACUCCCUCCAUAUCUGAUUGCUUUGAGGAGACUGCAAUAAAGUUCAGAAAUACUAACGGAAAAUGUCUUCUUUGUUUGGCUAACCACAGUUGAUGUUAAAGUGGCUUUAAUCCUAGCUUGUGAGUGUUAAUCCAACUGGUAGAGUGUGAGGAUAGACUCAAGACAACCAGGCAGGAAAAGACUAGAUUUAAAAAAAAAAAAAAAA